AGAUGGGAGACAGAACAUCACGGCGAUAAACAUCCAUGUCUUUAUAUAUAUGCGCAUCCAUGUCUUUCACAAAUAAGCCAAAAAACGAAACGAGAAAACCAAAAACAGACGGUGCCCGUCUUACUCCCUUCGCACGUGUGCUGAUGUGUGUGUUUGUGUGUGUGUGGUCGUCUUCAGCUUUGUCGUCUGUGCAGCUUAUCUACCUUCAUUCCUAAGAUUUUUUUAAAACAUAUAUUCUUCUGUACCUCUUCUUUCGCUUAUGCGUUCCUAUUUCCCGUAUUAUGACCGUUUUACCUCUCUUUCUUUCGUUCCUUCUCCUCCGCCGGGUUUUUCAUUCUUUCUUCUUCCUCUUUUGCUUCCUUUGACAGCGCGCACGACUCCGUGCGACUUUUUACGGUGAGAGGAAGGACAAAGCAGAGAGGAGAGACGGUGUUUUUUAAUUUAUUAUUGCUAGUUUGUUUGCUUGUUCUUUAUUAUCUUCAUUUUCAUUAUUAUUUUUCGAAUUGGAAAGCUGCAAUGUGAAGUACGCACAAACAACGGCGCCGCUCUUUCUUCUUUUGGAACUUUCUCCCUCUCCUCCCGUCUCUAUUUUACUGAUCUUGAUUUUUACCCCACCCACCCACCCAACCCCCUCCCUCGAUGAGCUAACGCCUCAUUUAAGCGUGAUCUGCCGGUGCUAGAAAGGCAAGCGCAAUGGAAAACAUGGGUGUAUUGGAAAAGAAAAACUUUUAAAGAAAGCAUGUGUUUCACGCGACUUCUCGGUGAGAUGGGGUUCUGCUUCUUGCGGGUGAAGGUGCCGCUCGACUUGAUGCUGGGCCGCUGCUGUUGACCCUCGCCGGGUUAUCUCCCCUCUGUUAUUGUUUUCUUUUGCGAAGUGCGACUUCGUUAUGCGUCUUGGUGUAUGUUUUUCCCUUUUCUUUUGCUGAUGAUGUGUAUUUGGUUUUCGCACGUGCAGACCUUGCUUCUGGUGUCGUUCAUACUGUUGUUGUUUGCACCGGCGCUCUCCUUUAUCUCUAUCUCCCCCUCUUCUUCUUCUCUUCUCUGCUUGUGCUUGUCGCUGUGUGUUCUGCUGAUGUAACUCCGCACAACACGAAAUGAAUGCUAACAACAGUAGUAGUAGCAGUACUAGCAGUAGCACCAUCAGCGACAACUCAAAACACGCAAACACGUGCACACAUCCCGCUUUCUUUGAGAUUACUACGCAAGGAAACCACAGGCUUCAUCAUGCCUGUCAACCACCCAAACAGCAACGAAGGCGGUGGCCCGGCCAAGGUGAAGUACCCCUCCAACACCGUCCUGGCCUUCGCCCAGCGCGAGGAUGCGAACUACCUCGACGACGACGCCCUCGUGGCGGAGAUGAACGACGUUAACGCGGAUCCGCUGCUCUUCCCGGCGCAGACCCGCGCCCUGUCGAAGCUCGAAGAGCGCGAGGAGCGUCGCCUGCGCGGUGACCCGUGGCGGUUUGCGGUGGCGCCGAUCUUCUGCCUCCUCUCCAUCUCCAACGCCAUGCAGUGGAUCGCCUUCUCGCCCAUCGUGGACGAGGUGCGCGCCUUCUUCCACAUGAACGCGACGCAGGUAAACUUCCUCUCCACGACGUACGUCAUCUCCUACGUCGUCAUCGUCUUCCUGAGCUGCAAGAUGUACGAGGUGACGGGGAUAAAGAUUGGAGUGAUGAUCGCCGCCUCCGCCAACGCGCUCGGGGCGCUGCUGAAGAUCAUCGCGCUCUACGCCUGGCCCAACGCGGUGCUGCUGUACAUCUCACAGGCGGUGUGCAGCAUCACCGAGGUCCUCACCAUCGCGACCCCGCCGCUGAUAUCCAACCGCUGGUUCCCUGAGAACGAGCGCACGGUCGCGAACACGCUCAUGUCGUCCGCGCUCAACUUCGGCUGCGGUAUCGGGGUGCUCAUCCCGACGCUCUUCGUCGGCCCGGACAAGGCAGGCAAGAAGAACUUCGGCAACUUCUUUUGGUUCCACCUCGCCUACGCGGUGUUGAUGCUGCUCCUCGUCAUUUUUCUCUUCCCCCGCAAGCCGCGCUUCUCGGCGAGCCACGUGGCGGCCCGGCAGCAAGACCACGAGGAGCGUCGCAUGCGGGCCCUCGACAACGUUCUCCACCACAACAACACAGACGACAGCGAGGAGGAGGAGGAGGAGGGAGGGAACGAGCACAACAACGGCGCGAUGGCCGCCACGAUGAAGAAGCGGCAGCAGCAGCUGAAGAAGAACGAGCCGACGAGCGCGGGCUUGACGGAGCCAAAUGCGGGAGAGCAGGACGGGCAGACGAAGGAGAAACCGACAGCAGCGGCGGCGGCAACAAAGAUGAAGAAGAACAGCAAGAAAGCGAAGCACAACCACAGCAAUGGUGCCGACCGCAGCAGCAGCGCGGCUGGUGAGGGCAAUCAGUGCAUCAGCGAAACCCACGCCGUGGAUGAGAUCAGUGGAGUGAUGCAAGGCGUAGACUCCGACACGGAGACAGAGGAGGAGCCGGAGGUGCAGCCAGUGAACGUCUUCUCGGUACUGAUGGACUGCUUCCGCGAGUUCCGUCACAACGUGUCCUUCGUCUUGCUCGGCAUUGGCUCUGCGGCAGAGCUCGGUUUGAUCUGGGGUGUCGCCACGGUGCUGCCGCAGAUGUUAGCUCCGUACGGCAUCAGCGAAGCCACAUCUGGCUGGAUCGGCUUCUUGAACCUUGUCCUUGGCACGGUGGUCUGCCCGUUCUUCAUGCCCCUCGUCGACCGCUUCGGACGGCGCUACAAGCUGCUGCUCUGCUCGCUCGCUGGGUUGGUGGUGGUGGUGAUGGUGCUCCUCACCCUCCUUCUUCACUUUGGUCCGAAGGUGGAGGGGGACAGCAAGUACUAUGUCGUCGUUGUGUUUGUGCUGUGGGGUGGCUUUGCCGGCCUUUGCCAGAACUUUAUGAUGCCGCUGAUGUUCGAGUACGUUGUGGAGUUGACCUUCCCCAUGGCGGAGAGCACGUCGGCGCCGGUGCUGACGUGGAGUGCGUGCCUGACCAACUUUUUGCUGACGCUGAUUUUCGGCGAGGUGCUCGGCAACAGCCCGACCGAAAAAGAGGCGCUGCGCACGUUCAUUGGCGCCACCGUCGUGUCGGUUAUCGGCUGCAUCGCGCUUCUCCUCACGAAGCCGCUGACGAAGAGGAUGGACUACGAAAAGCAGCAAAUCGAGCUGCUCGAGCAGCGCAAGCUGCGGCUGCAGACCGCUGCGGAUGCGGCGAUGGGCGGCACGGAGGUGACUCGCAGAGAUGCAACCGGCGUCAACGGGAGCGGGUUGCAUCACGAAGUGCAAAUGGAGAAGAGCGCUGACCCCGCUGCUGCUGGUGGUGCCGUCGAAAACGGAAAGGAGUUGUAA